AUGUCUUUUCUACUUAUACUACUAACUAUAACACAGUAUGAAUUUGAAUUUUCAAAACUUUUCAAUCCAGUUGAUGCUUCAUUAACUUCACGUGAAUAUUUUAAACGAUCAGAGAGAUUUUAUGGACAAUUAUCAAGAAAUAAUCAUCAAUUAACGAAAGCUCUGGAUAAUGAUAAUUCGAAUAAAUGGUCUGAACAAAGCGAAGGUGAACUAUUUAAAUCAGAUAUGCUGGGUGAGAGUAAAGAAAAUGAUGCCGCCGAUAUUAAAAUACCAAAUGUGAAUGUUAACAAUCAGUCAGAGUGGAAUUCCCUACCAGGCGUAUUACGUAAACGUUUGAAGGCAGAAAUUGAUGCAUCUAACCAGUUGACAAAUCAGUUGAAGAGUAAUGAGGAUGAAGAAAAAGAGACAUUGAUAUUAUUAACUCAAUACAAAUUGCCAGUGAAAUUACCAAAUCCAAAUAUUUUUACUUUAAAAGUGGCUGAAGAGAUCGAUCCCAUGCACAUCAGCAGAGUUACUCUACACAUUGAGAUUAAUGGUGAAAUUCGUUCAAAUGCAAAGUUUACAUGUUGGGAAAUAUAUCCUACACCAUAUUUAUCAAAAGUUUUAUGGAUUAACAAUAAAGACGAAUCAAUUACGUCGUCAUCACCAUCAAUGGAACAAAUCACCAAUAAUGAAAAUGGCUAUAAUGUUGGUGAAAGUUAUUCAGAACAUUCAACUUUAGGUGAUAUGUUAUUAACAUCAAGUUUAACUGAUCCUGAAAGGUCAUAUUAUAUAUCAACUCAUGAUUAUCAAAAAAUGUUUAAAUUAAUUAAACCGGAAAUUGCUUACACAAAUAUACCUGAAGGUCAUGCGACAUCAGAUUUAACAUUGAACAUGACAAAUCGUAUGAUACAAUGGUUAAAACAACAAUUGACAAAUAAUAGACCAUAUAAACCGUUGACAAAGUAUUUAUUAAUUACAUGUAAUGAAUGCGAUAAUGAAGAAAAUAUUAUAGAUCCGAAAAAGGUUGUCGUUGAAAUUCGAUAUCGUCCACGUUUAUACAGACGGAAACGUUCACUGACAGAAGGCGAUAAAAUGUUAUCAAAUGUUUGUCCAUCUACUGGACAUCAUUUUGGUUGUUGUACACAACCAUUAACUGUAAAAUUUUCAGAUAUUGGCUGGGAUAAUUGGAUUAUACAACCGAAAGCUUUUCAAUUAAAUUAUUGUCUUGGAUCAUGUAAAAUUACAUCAGCAAAAGGUUUACAUUACGACGUGAUGGAUAUGAUAUUACGCAAAAAUUUAUCACACUUCGGUAAUAUACAACCGGAUGAAAUACAGUCAUGUUGUCAUCCAACAGAUUUGGCUAGUAUGGUUGUUCUCUACUUGGACUCAAAUCGUGAAUUACAACUCCAUAGAUUACAUAAUCUAAUUGUUUUAGGAUGUGGUUGCAAUUAAUUUUUAAAAAAAAGAAAACUAUUAUUAUUUAAGUCUAUCCAACUUGUCUUUUCAUGAAUGAACUUGUUACUUGUGGGUUUGUAUGUAAGCAUGUGUAGGUUUCUGUCCCAUCAAUCAGUAAACUUCAAUGUCAUUUUUUAACUGACCAUAUUGAUUGUAUCCAGUCAUACCUAUCUAUGAAAAUAUGUAAUAAGUCAUUAUAGAAUACCGUCAACUGCUCAUACAUUCAAUGCAUGAGAUGUCUAACUUACAACUGAUUAUAUUUGUUGUGAAUAGUCCGUCUUUCAUUUUCUUUUCUUCUUUGAUUCAGCUCUUCUUUCUUCCAAUAAAAUCUCACCAGUCUUCAUCAGUUAUGAUGUAAAAAUGUGAAUCAUUCACUAUUCAUGUUCAAGUGUUCAAUGAAUAUUUUGUUUGUCUACAUCAAUUAUUUCAAACAUAUAUAGGCAUCAAGGUCAUCCAUUCCAUUUUUAAAAAAGUUCAGUGUUGUUAUUUAAAAAUUCAAUUCUGCUGAGUAAUUCUGUUAUUUUUGAAAACUACAUUUUUUUAUUUUACACAAAUGUAUUUAAAUUGUACUGUAACUUAUUUGAUUUUAAUUUAAUUUCCC